CCACCACGACCACCACCACGACCACCACCAGCAACACAACACACCACCACCAACAACAACAACAGCAAACAGCAGCAGGAUAAGAAGAAAAAGAGAGAGAGAUAAAGAACUUAUUAGAAGCAGUCAGAGAGAGAGACCCGGUCAAACGGUGGGUGAAGCGAAGACGAAGAGAGGGAAAAAACACACAAGAAAAAAGGAAGCUAACCGGACGAAAAGAUCCCCCUCAAAACCUUAAACCAAGGUGGGUACGUAGGGUACAAUGUUGUCGAGAUUGGUACAGUUCUCUAAAGGAGACAGCUAUGAAGACUUGGACGGUAAAGAUGUGGCUAGUAUCGUGUCCGACCCGCCGGCGGUUAUACCGAACCCGUCUGACCAAAAGCCGACAGAUGGUGAUGUCAAAACUUUAGAAACACCCGAAAGCAAUGAAGAAACCUACACCUUACAGCAGGCCAUUGAUAGGAUUGGAUUUGGAAAGUUCCAGAUGAAGCUGUCUGUUCUCACUGGAUUUGCCUGGAUGUCCGAUGCUAUGGAGAUGAUGAUUCUGAGUAUCCUCUCCCCUGCUCUCCAUUGUGCUUGGGGUUUGACUGGAAUAAAACAAGCCCUCCUCACUACCAUUGUCUUUUGUGGAAUGAUGACCAGUUCCAGUCUAUGGGGAAGUUUCUGUGAUAAAUAUGGACGAAAGCUGGCUCUGAUUGCCUCGUCUCUGUUCACCUGUUACUUUGGUAUCCUCAGCGCCUUCUCACCUACAUUUAUUUGGAUCCUUGUCUUACGAGGGCUUGUCGGGUUUGGCAUUGGAGGGGCACCACAAGCAAUCACCCUGUAUGCUGAAUUUCUACCCGGCAAGACUCGAGCUACCUGUGUCCUAUUUAUAGAGGUAUUCUGGGCCAUUGGAGCUUGUUUCGAGGUUAUGCUUGCUCUCUUCAUCAUGCCGGUUCUUGGAUGGCGAUGGUUACUGGUGCUCUCUGCGGUUCCACUUUUAAUAUUUUCUGCCUUCUGUUUAUGGCUUCCGGAAAGUGCCAGGUUUGAAAUCUGCCGUGGAAAUGCUGAGAAGGCUGAAGAAACAAUUCAACGAAUAGCCAAAGAAAAUGGUAAACCAAUGUUACUGGGCCGGUUGAAGGAGUGCGAUUCCCAGGCUGAGCAUGUAAAUCGAGGCAGUAUUUUGGACAUGUUAAAACCAGAUAUGCGUUUAACUACACUACUACUGUGGCUGGUGUGGUUUUCCAACAGCUUCUGUUACUUUGGUGUAAUUCUGAUGACAACCGAACUCUUUGAGUCUGGCAGCAACUGUGCUGUUGGUAACAAGACUGUUUUCAGGGCUGAGCCUCACUGUCCACUGGAGUGUAAGAUGUUGUCCAAGGGUGACUAUAUUGACCUUCUCUGGACAACUGUUGCUGAAUUUCCUGGUUUGUUCCUCACAAUCCUUGUCAUUGACAAAAUCGGCAGAAGAUUCACAAUUGGCGGGGAAUUUAUCAUCUUUAGUAUUUUCAUGUUCUUCGUCAAUAUCUGUACCACAAGGGAGGUGUUAAUAUUUUUCUUGUUUGUGGCCAGAGCUUUCAUCUCCUCAGCCUUCAUGGGGGCUUACGUCUACACACCAGAGAUUUAUCCAACGUCCAUGCGAGCCAUUGGUCUGGGAGCAUGUAGUGCUAUGGCUCGUAUCGGGGCCAUUAUCACACCUUUUAUAGCUCAGGUCCUCCUUAGUAAGUCCACUCACCUCGCCAUAUCGCUCUACGGCGUAGUCGCGCUGUUCGGGAGUGUAGCAGCUUUUGCUCUGCCGAUUGAGACCAAAGGAAAAUCACUAAAGGAUAUCAGCGCCUCACAAGAAAAAGCUAAAUCCCCUGAAUAGAAACACUGCUGUACAUAAGUAAAUAUAUAUAUGUAUACAUGUAUGUAUGUAUGUAUGUUUGUAUAUAUCUGUGUGUAUAUAUAUAUAUAUAUAUACAUGU